AUGGCAAGUGAAUCAACUGCAUGCGGCAUCUGCGUUUCCAGACAUAUUACUAAACCAUCAACGGCAUGGUGUUUUGAAUGUAAUGAAGGACUGUGCGAGGAAUGUAAAGAACACCACACCCUGAACAAAGCAUCGAAAAGUCAUGGUAUAAUACCUGUAACCGAAUUUCAAAAGUUACCUGUAAGUGUCCUUCAAAUUGUAGAAUCCUGCAAAUCACAUAAUGAACGUUAUCAAGCUUAUUGUGAAAAACACGAAUGUGCUUGUUGUACAAAAUGCCUCAUUGAGGACCAUAAGAACUGCAAAGAUCUCACAGAUAUAAACGAUGUGGUUUGCAGCAUCAAAUCGUCAAAUAUGCUGUUAGAAAUUGAAAAGUCAAUGCGGGAAGUUGUUGAAAAUUUACAAAAGAUUAAGAUGAAUCGUGCAAGAAAUUUAUCAUCCCUCAAAAUAUAUAGGGAGACAAUUGAAAAGGAAAUUCAGACAGUCAGGCAAACAAUAAAUGAACACUUCAAUCGUCUAGAAAGAGAAUUAUUGAAAGAACUUCAAACAAUUGAAAAUGACGAAAGAAAAAAAAUCAGCAAAAUUUUGACAUCUGUAGAGCGGAAAGAAAAGGAGAUUGGUGGACUUCAAAUAAGUCUUACAAUAAUAAAGCAGCAUGCAUCCGACCUACAAACCUUUCUUGUCAGUAAACAGAUUGAACAUGUAUUGAUGGAUACCGACAGUCUCAUGAAGUACAUGCAAGAUAAUAGUGAACUAUCAGAUGUCAUCAUAUCUUUACAAACCGACAACUUGGUUAAAGGAGUAAACGAAAAUAUCAGCAGAUAUGGUGAAAUUGUUGUUCACACAAGUCAAAAUGAUUUGUCCAUUGUUAGACAGAAAAUGAAGCAGGCACAGGCUACUGUUACCGAUUGCCCAGACCAUCCAUAUGAAACAAUAGAAACUGCGGAACAUGAAAACGACCCUUGUUUCAUUGUCACCGUGAAACCAGGGGCAGAAGCCAUGAAAUUAGGAUUAAAUGGACAAUACAGGCUGUGUUUUACACCGAGUGGUUUUGUAUUAGAAGACAUACAGAGCAUGACAUCAAAAUGUUAUUGGCCAUAUAAAAUAGUACAACAAUAUGGAAAAAUGGUUAUCGAAAAAGAAUUUUUAAUCCGUGUUGUGAACAAGAAUACUUUAGAAGAAUUUAUUAUCGGAUUUAUAUGUAGUUCAAACGAUGACAUAGAUGAAAUAUUUCGCCUUCUACCUGGGAUAGAUAAGUGA